GUGUGUAAGCUCUGUGCUCAGCUCCACUUCCAGCAUCCUCUCUGUUCUCCUGCAGCUCCACAUCACUUGGGGAUUAGUGAGUCCACACCGCGUCCUGCUCCUCUCCAUUCUGCCUUAUUCCUCUUUUUCCUCUCUAGUUGUCUUCAAGGAUCUAAAGGAUUUGGGAGCAUUUAUUUGUGUGUAUGUGUGUGUAUGUGUGUGUGCACUUGGAUUUCCUGCUAUCUCGCGUCCUUUUCUAAAAAAAAAAAAAAACAACAACAACAAAACCUGCAGCUACAGUUUCAGACGAAGGUUUGGUGUGAUUGAAGUGAAGCCACAGUCAUGGAUGAAAUGGAUGUCCCACAGCUGAAGAAAGAGGUAGAGAGCCUCAAGUACCAGCUGGCGUUUAAGAGGGAGAAAUCAUCCAAGACAGUCACAGACUUGGUGAAGUGGAUUGAAGAUGGUGUUCCCACUGACCCUUUUUUGAACCCUGAGCUGAUGAAGAAUAACCCUUGGGUGGAAAAGGGCAAGUGUGUGAUCAUCUAGGACAAAAACAAUGGAACAGCAAUGAUCUGAAUGUCCACACACACACACACACACAUACACGCACACACACACACACACACACACACACACAGAGGCAUUAGCACUAUACAGUCACUUGCAAGAUCUGAAACUAUGCCACGCAUUACUAUGGUAUAUUCAUAAAAGUUAAUAUGUUAUUAAAAACUCACUAUUAUUAAUAUAAUCAUAGAAAACAAACUCAAUCUAUUUAUAUGCACUUAGUUCUUUUAGUCUGUUACAGAUUAGUUUGCUUGCACCUUUGUUUCUUGUUUUCUCUUUUUUUUCUACUAAAUUUUUAGGGUCUCACUGCCAGAAAAAUGAGUGACAGAUUAAUACCUGGAAAUAAAUAGAAGAGAGAAGAAGAUCUCUCAAUCUGAAAUGUAUAGAUCUGCACAUGUUGUCUCUUAUUCUCUCUGCAGUGUGUUAAUCUGUCGAUCAUGACGGGGCACCAUUUAGACAGAAAUCGCACAGAAAUGUGUUCACCAUCAGCACAGAUUUGUUGAGUCUGUUUGAUUGAUUAAUUUAUGAUCUAUUUAUUUAUUUAUGUUAUUUUUUUUAUUUUAAUUAACUGUUGUUGCUCCGAUGGACUUGAUAUUUUAUUGUUUGGGUCUGAGAUUCUGAGUUACACUACUGAGAAUGUUUUGUAUUUCUUUACUGAUUAAACACUAAUAUGAUGUUCCCUGUACUCGAAGAUUAGUAUAAAUGCAUCCAAUUAUUUAUUUUUGAUGAUCUGUUAUUUAAAAACUGAAAUGGAUCAAAUGUUUAGCUGCUACGAACUCUUCAUUUGAUAUGAUAUUUGACCAUAUCUAUGAUAAACAAAAAUUCUGGGGUGCUUCUUUCUUGCUGAAAAAGUCACACACACUACUAUUUCUCUCGACCAGGUUGAACUUUUUUACGGUCACAAUGUGGUGGCCAACUCCCGUGUGAGAAUGAUUCCUCAUGCUCCCAACACCGUGCUUUUUCUCAGCUAAAUAUGGACUAUGCCUGUGCCAUUAAAAAAAAAUGUGUUGAUGUGAUUACCUGGUCAUUCAGUACAUUCAGGUCAUCAUCUGACUUCAUUUUUUGCCACAUAAUGUUGCUGAGCUUAGAGCUGACCAACUGAAGCAACCCCACAUCAUCACACUGCCUCCAGAGGCUUGUACACUGGGCACUAUUGCAUGAUGGGUGCAUCGCUUCAUGCUCCUCCCUUUAUUCCCUGAUGCUACCAUCACUCUGGAAUAGGGUCAGUCUGGACUCACCAGGCUGCAUAAUGUUUUUCCAUUGCACCAAAAUCCAAUCUUUAAUCUCUCUAGCGAAUUGAAGCCUUUUUUCCGAUUAAUCUCCCAAGUGAAUUAUUAAUGGUCUCGCUCCGGUGUAGUCCCAGUCCUGCCAGCUAUAUUCACUUUAUCAGUGUGGAAAUGUUGUUACUUUCCCUAUUAAACAUGGAUGCGAUUUCUACUGUCAAUUCUUUACGAUGCAAAUUCACCCAGCGUUUAUAAGUGAUUUCCAGGUUUUGAUAAUGUGUUGAAGGGUUAUUAACCCAGUUCUAGUCAUUUCAUCAUCAUCGUUGACUAUACCGCUUUAUCCUGUGUACAGAGUUGCAGGGAGCUUGGGGCAUGUGGCAGGGUACACCCUGGAUGGGGUUCCAAUCCAUCGCAGGGCACACACACACAUACUCACACUGGAAACACCACUUAACCUAAUCUGCAUGUCUUUGGACUGUGGGAGGAAACCAGUGUACCCGGAGAAAACCCGCCAAGCCUGGGGGAGAACAUGCAAACUCUAUGCACACAGACCUGUGGCGGGAAUUGAACCCAGACCCUGGAGGUACGAGGCAACAGUGCUAACCACUAAGCCACCAUCCAGCCUUGAUGCAAGCCAAUAAAUUAGAAUUUGUAUCAAAGCCACAUUAACAAACACGACUCCUGUCUAAAGCCUAAAGGUGUCUAAAGGUGGGUAUAAAAGUAGACAUAGCUUGUUUGAUUUUUUUUUUUUACACGUGUGUACUGGUGUCUUUCACUGGUAAUGAAAUCUUUACAUGCAGGUAUCUGACACAAAUCUAGUCAAAAGUGAAGGUUUUCCCUGACAACCACUUUAAUGUGAUCAUUUUUAUUCAUACAAAUGACAUCUAUUUGGUUUUAGCGAGCAAGAUAAUGUUUUUUCCUAUGCUUAUGCAUAACCUAGCCGGAUAGAUGCUGAUGUUUUAAUGUCACUUGUAAUGAAAAAAAAACAUUAGCAUGUGAACAAAGUACAGUAUGUAUGACGAGCGGUGUGUUAAUUACCCAGAACAACUGACUAUUAAGUAAAACUCUUUACUGUUACACAGAUCCACAUUAAUAAAGAAUAAUAUAGACUGGUUUAAGGGUUUUUGUUUUUUUUUUAUUAAUUUUUAGUUUGAUUAAAAAACAUGGUGAAAUAUAAACAAUUCUUGGUAGGAAACUCAGACUCUUGGACCUGCCUGUGUGACGAGCGAAAGAAGAAAUAACAUUAUGCCGGUUAUCACCAUCUGAUACUGCCUUGGUCAUGCUUCCCUUAAAUAAAAAAUAAAAUGAAUGUGUUUUGUAAGUGAACACGGUUCCAAUGCACAAAGGGAUUUUUUUUUUUCUUCCAAAGGCAAAACGGCAAGUUGUGUGUUCAUUUUUUGACUUCUGAUUUUGUUCUGUUUUUAUAUAUUUAUCGAUUUAAAAAAACAAACUGCUGCGUGUUAGUUAUGUAGAUAUUAUGCAUAAGAUCAUGGGUACUAGGUUAAUGACUAAGCAAUAAGUAAUGGCAUUUUUUUAUUGAAUGUUUUACAAAAAAUUACAUUUAUCUUGAAUAAAGUAGAGACAUUUUA